AUGUCAUCACUCAUCGAAUAAUCAUGGCUGAAAUGAAUUUUGUGUCCAACUUGGAGGGUGUUGAAGUGGUACCGGAGAGUUAUGUUUGUCCGCCGGAGAAGAGACCGGAUGUUGCGGUGAAGAAGACGAUUCCGGUGCUUGAUUUCGCAACACACGAUCGAGCCCUUCUCUUCCAAAAAAUCCUCGAUAGUACUCAUGAGUUUGGAUUUUUUCAGGUUAUAAACCAUGGAGUACCAAAAAAAUUAGUAGAAGAGACUAUGAGUAUUUUUAUGGAGUUUCAUUCCAUGUCACCAUAUGAUAAAAGAAGGGAAUGUUCCAAAGACAAUAAAAGCUGCAGAGUUUUUACAAGCUCAAACAAUUAUGAGAAUGAACAAACACACUUCUGGAGAGAUUGUUUGGCUUUAACUUGUCAUCCUCUAGACAAAAAUAUUCAUUUUUGGCCUCAAAAUCCCCCAAAAUUCAGAGAGGUGGUCAGAACAUAUUGUGUCGCAAUGGAAAAGUUUUCUUGGGAGAUAAUCGAUAUGAUAAGUGAAGGGUUGGGGCUUGAAAAAGGCUACUUGGAGGGAGAAAUGAGUUCAAAUCGAAGGAUAACAGCAAACCAUUAUCCAAUAUGCCCAAACCCUAGCUUGACUUUGGGAUUAAAUCAACAUUGUGAUAGAAACCUCAUUACCAUCUUGUUUCAAGAUGCCAAUGGCCUUCAAGUCUUCAAGGAUGGCCAUUGGAUUUCUUUUGAUUCUGUUGAUGAUGCCUUUCUGAUUAACUUUGGCUAUCUUUUUGAGGUGAUUAGCAAUGGAAAGCUCAAGGCAACCGAACAUCGAGUCGUGACAAAUGCAAAAGCAUCUCGACAAAGCUUAGGAUAUUUUAUUUUUCCUGAAAAUGACGUGAUAAUAGAACCAGCAAAAUGUCUGAUAAACGAAGCCAAUCCUGCACGUUAUCGAUCCCUCGAGUUGGAAGACUUCUAUAGACAUUUUUUUGCCGUGUCAACAAAUACAGAGGAAACUAUGAAGUAUAUAUUAGCUUAAACCUGCAAUCUUUAAUGAGUGUUUAAAAUAAGUUAAUUACUAACUUUUCUAUGGUUACUGUAAAAGAACUCUAUUAUGUUACUAUCAUAUGUAUUUUUGUUUGGAAAGUGACUUUAUUAGUCUCUUUGGAACGCAAAAACUUUUGAUUAUUAAAAACACUAAACGAAAUGACUUUAUUAGUCUCUUGGCAUCAUCAACAACCAUCUCAUCAUGCCUUGAGUAUUUUAUUGUCUUUACCUUAAAAUUUUUAAAGGAAAGGGUGAAUACUCACUAAAUAACCUCACGGCUCGAUCGGACCUUGAAUUUGAUCAUAUUAGAUUCACCUUUUUAGACUCUUUGCUUCAUAUUUUGUUCCGAAUUUGAUUUCUCGCAUAAAUGUCUCAACUACUGGAGAGAACAUUGUAAUAAAAUUGUUGUAAUGUAUUUGUUCUAUCGAGUAUCUCUCCUAGUGGGUAGUGGGAAUGAUAGUUAAGAUCAUGGAUGAUUAGUUAGAAAACUAUUUAUGUGUGUUCAGAUAUUUUAUAGAAGAGAAUGUUAUUGGUGCAGUGAAUAAGCAAUGUCAGCAAUCUAUCAGUCAACUCAUGUCUAAGACUUGCAUUCUACUUUGGUUGGAAUAAGUGUCAAGGAUGAACCAUGGGGCUUGUGAAACAAUAUUUUUUGUAUUUCAUAUCCCAAUCGAUGAAUACAAGUAUAGGGUAUUUAAACACACAAGAACACCCAAAAUAGUUUACAAUAAAACCUCAACAACAAAAGAACACCUCAAUAACUCUCAACAACCCAAGAAAACCUCAAGAACUCUUAACCAACACUUUCCCUCAAACUCAUGGUGGUAGAGUAGCAACGAAUUUGAGUUUGUGAAGCAACUUAAGAAAGUGACUGGGGGACAAAGCUUUAGUGAAGAUAUCUUCGGGUUGC